CUCAGGAUGAAAGAGGUGGGCAAAAAGCCCAAAUGUCAGUUUGUUCACCAGAAUGUGUCAGAUGUUUCAGCCCAUGACAAGAACUUACGAGACAGGAAACUGCUCUUGCAGCAGCUAAACGAGAUGACCCAGGCAGCAGCCAAGAUGGAAAAGAAAGAGGAGAACAAGAGCUUCACUGAUGUGAUGGAGUACAGUCCCGACACUGGGAACUGGUACAUUCCUGGACUCUGGAAUGGAAACCCACCAAUGGCACCAGUCAAUGCAGGGUACAGUGAGGCCGUUUAUGAGCUCAAGAAGAACAUCAUCCAAAUUUUGGGAAGGUGUGAGUCAUCUGCUAAUAAUAUCAUGGAGUUUACAGAGUGGAUGAAAAGCCUGUGGAAUGCAGUAAAGCAUGAAAACUUCAUCUUCAGCUUCAGAAACAGCCUAGUGGCUGAUGCAUACAUGAGGCUGUGCACAGAAUUCAACAAAUGGGAAUGGGAAUUCAAAAAAGAAAUGUACACAUGGGUUACAAAUGCUGAAACAAGAAUUUCUAAUUUCGGCACAGUUGCUGGAAAACCUGAGAUAUCUGACAUGAAAGAACUUCUCACUAUUUUGAAAAGUGAAGCUUGCACAGAGCUGACUAAAUGGGAGACAAAGGUCCUUGAAAAUUUAAAACAGUACUUUGAGCAAACAGAGGGUCAUGUGUAUCUAGUUGAAGGAUACAAAGAGGAAUUUGCAAGCAGUGCAAAGAGCCUUCGUCGAGAAAUGGAGAGCUCUGUACUUAAUCAGCUCACAGCAGCAGCUGACAUCAGACAGGGAAUGACAGAACUUGACAGAAUCAAGGAAAACCACACAAAACAAUUAGAGUGGAGAGUGCGCGAAUUGAUUGAAAAAUGUCGGGCAAAAAAAGUCCAGAUGACAGAGGAAGAGCUAGACAAAGAAUUUGAUAAGAUGUGGAAUAAAACAGUAAAGGAACUGUCUUUUUCUAAACAAAAGGCCACAAAUAUCUUCACAAAUGUGGACCACUACCUCAGAGAAAAUCUAUCACGUAAGGGGAGUCGUGUAUGUCAAUUAUUAAGUCAAAAAAGCCUGCAACAUUGUGGACUGAUGCCUUUCAAAUAUACAGUGGAAGGAAAUUGGAACCAGCUUAUACACAGAGUGGGCAAGUGGUUCAACCUCAAAGAUCAUGUAAUGGCUUCACAGAACAUGGCUGACAGCAUCAUAGAUGCUUGCACACAGUUUGUGACUGAAAAAAUGGAAAGGAAAAACAAUUACCAUGACACUUACAUCCAGGAGAUCCUACACAUGAUUGAUGAGCGGCUGCAGAACAGUCAGAGUUUUAAGACCACUGAGUUUGAAGUUUCUCUGAAACAGCACAUCUGUGGAGUUGCAGCCAGACAGUUUCAGAAAAUGCAUGAAGAUUUCAUACAUGCAAACGACCCCUACGAAUGUCUGAAUCGAAACAAAGAAAAGUUUCGUGCUGAUUUCAAAGAUGUGUUUCAUAAACGAGACCAGUGCCAGAAGAAGGCAGAAGAAUUCACAAGCCGCUGCUUGAGGCCUGCAGUCGAAGACUUUGUCAACCGUUCAUUGGCUCCUGAUAUUAUUGGUGAAAUGCUGACAAGGUUCCAGUUCAGCACACGAAUGUUCUUCCAGUAUUCAGUUUUACUGGAUUUGCUCUCAAAGGAUGACUUUGAAAACUAUAAGAGCUACAUUUGCUCAUAUGAGGAUCAUGUAAAGAAAUGGACACACAAACAAAUAGAAGAACACUUUUCAAAGGGUGAUAAAGUUUUUGAGUUUGAGGAUCAACAUGUUCUGUCAAGUAUCAGCAGCAUAAACGAUGCUAUCAACAAAGCUAAAACAAAAAAGAGUGGUAACGUGAAGACAUUUGUUGAAGAUGUCUGCCAAGAACUUGGUGAUAAACUGGUCAUUUCCCAGGAUGCUCUUGGUGCUUUCAUGAUCCUGAACAAUGCCGACCAGGAACAGUUUGCUCACUGGCUCAUUGAGUGUGUGAAGGACAUGGCACAGGCUCUUAGAGAGAAGUUUAAAACAGAAACCAUCCAAAUGAAACUGGAAAAUCUUCUUGUGAAGCCCCAGAGCGAGCUUUUCACUAAAGUUAUUGGAUGUGGGAAACAGUGUCCAUUCUGUAAAGCUCCUUGUGACGCAGGAGCAGAUAAACAUGGAGAGCACUUUGCUCAACUACAUCGGCCAGAGGGUCUGGGUAGAAUCAGGUGGGAUGGGACAAAAAAACUUGUCAUUGACAUAUGCUCUUCGUCUGUGAACAGUGAGGCCCGUUUUCGCUGUGAUGCUACAAAAGGUGAAUGGCACCCUUACAAGAACUACACAGAAAUUUUCACAGACUGGAAAAUCCAGUCAGAUGUAAGCUUAGAGGCGUCAGACUACUGGAAAUAUGUACUGGCAAAGUUCAACAAGGAGUUUGCUAAAGCAUAUAAUGCAGAGCCUGCUGAUAUUCCUGAAACUUGGAAAUCCAUCACACGUAAGCAAGCAGAAGCGAGCCUCAAAGAGUCGUUUAACAUGAAGUGAGAGAACACAUGCUUUGUGGUUACAGAGGUGCACAUGUUCCUCAUUACAUUCAUCCUCUCAUGGAUAUUUUGAUCUCACUUGUUUUAUAUGACAAGAAGAAAAUUACAAGUAGUAACAUGCUGUAUAUAAUAUGACAUGGUUGAAGAUAUUAUCAGUAUUCCACAUAUUUUAUCAGUGACUUACAAGAAAUACAGAAAAUAUCAACUCCAAUUAGUCCUCUCCCUAAACUGAUAUCACAUUAAACAUGUUAAACAAAAAUAAUCUGCUUUACCUCUGUGUAAAUGUUGAUGAGGACAUUUUAAAAUACUUUUUCAUACUCUUAAUCAAUGUACGAUUGCAACAUACUAAAUGUUUCCAAUUUGAUUAAAUCUGAGUUUGAAUUUAUCAAUUUUGUGUGAUCGAUGAAGUCAUCAUAUUUUUUUCAUUUUUCUUUUACCAAGUAUGAUCUGAUAUGUAAUCUUUCAUUUUGUGAAAUAUCUAAUGUCACAUAUUUACAUAAUUCUUUUUUAAAUCGAUCUUUGUGUGGUUCUGUCAUAAUAUGAUUUGAGAUUGUUUACUUGGAAUUAAUUAAAAUGAAAUAUUUAACAUUUAUUAAGGAUCAUUCAUUCCAUAUGUGGUGUUGUCAACAUGUACACAUUACUUCCUUGUGUUAACUGAUUCAAUAAAGAGACAAAAUCAGCA